UGUGAACGCUCGCAUUUAGGAAAGGUUCUCUUGAGCACCGUAAGAACUGUUCUGCCUUCACGAGGUUCAAGUGCUUCGCCUGUAACCGGGGAAUGAAUGCGUUGGAUGGAUUCCAUAUUCAUUUUAAUAAAUAUCCAGCUUGCAGGCAGGCCAGGGAGAACAAGGAGAUUGUUUCUGAACUGAUGGCAAGAUCAAUAAAACCUGAUUUUCACGUUUGCCAUCUGUGCGGAGCUCAAUAUAAGGCGAAGGAAUCAAUAGAUAAACAUAUGCUCACGCAUUCAGAAGAUAUUCUAUACUUCACUUGUCCAGAGGUUGAAUGCGGGAAAAAGUUCCUGACGUCUAAGUCCCUGGAUAUGCAUGUAAAGAAUCAUCUCAUGCCUAUGGUUAUCUGUUCCAUCUGCGGCAAACAGGUUAAGCAGGGUUCCCUUUCUCUACAUAUGGUCCUGCACACUGGAAAGAAGGUUAACUGCCCAGUUUGUGGAAAGCUAUUUCAGCAUAAAGGUGUUCUGAACAAGCAUAUUCGAUCCUGUCACGUGGAGAAGAAGCUACGUGGUGAGAAUAGGAAGAAGAAAAGACUAACCAAGGAGAACGAAGUAGAGGGAAUGCAAAUACAGGUUGAGGUUGGUGACUUGGGGCAAAAUAAUGAAGGACUUGUUAAGGUCAGCUUACCACAGAUGGUAGACGGUAGUCUGGGUCGUCAGGUGGUUGGGCUGGUCAAUCAGGCUGGCCAGGUCAUGGGACAUGCUCUCUUAGAUACGCCCCAGAGUGUAGAAAUGACACAUCAGCAAGGUCAACAAGUUCUACAGGCCGGUCAAAUUCUUUUACCCAACCAAUUCCAGAGGUUUGUGGUUCCACCUAGCGGAGACAUGCCGCACUAUAUUCAAGUAUCUGGACAACCAGUUCAAAUCCUUCCUCAAGAGUAGUUUUAGAAAUCCGGGAAUCUGAAUCUGGAAGUGGUCGGAAUCUUAAAUAUUCAGUUGCUACCUCAUGAGACCAUUUUCUUCCAUUUCAGAUGCAUUCUUUUAAUGUGCAUAGAGAAAUAUAAGUUAAUCAAUCAAUCAAUACCUCAAGAAUUAAAGUGACUGUUUGCUGAGCAACGAACCUGUAAGCAGUCUUACAAAUCUACAUCAAAAGAUAUUAUUGAGACGAAAUCUGAACAAAAUCUCCAAUAUGUAGAGCGCCGAGAACUUUUUUGCUGGAUACUCUUAUAAUUGUUUGAUCUCGAUAUUUACUCUGGGCACUUAAUUUGAGGAUCAAUUAUUAAUAUCUUUCUUUUAGUUAUGCCUCCAGUGUGCGAUUCCCAUGCGGGAUAUCAAAUAAAGAUUCAAUUGACCUCUGCAGAUUAACAAACAAUUGAGAGAAAAUUGAGCUCGAUAUUCACAAUACAAGAGAUCCAUGCUAUGGACAACCCCAAAGACUGAACGAGAUAAUGAAAUACCAAAUAAUAUAAUGUAUAAGCAAAACAACUAGGUUUAAAAUCUCCAAGACUAAAAUUGUAAUUUCUGCCGUCUAUGUAUUUGUUAAUUAUAUUUAUAAUUGUAUCAAAUGGUCCUUAAGACCAACUGUGAUAAUGAUGAUGAUAGUCCUUUAAAAAAAAAACUUAUUCCAACUUUAGGCAAGAACCUUUUUUCUUUUGUCUAAGCUUGGAGGUCGUGACCAAAAAAUGGUUUUAAACAUUUUAAAAAAUGUGUAUUAUCUCUUUAAUUUUAAAGUUAACGUUAAGAUAUUGAGUUAACUGAGGGAGGGAA